AUAUUUGAUAAAUUUAUUAUUAUUAUUAUGUAAAUUUAAUAAAACGUUUAACACUGUUAUUCCAUAUUCACUAUUCAUACAUGUAAAUUAUCUAAUGCAUCAUUAAUACACUACAUUAGCCAUAAUAAUAAUAAUAAUAAUAGUGGAUUUGUAUUUCUAAUGAUACAUUGAAUAUUUCUUUUUAUUAUCUAUAACAAAUCAAAUCAUAAAAGAAUUCAAUAUCAAGUGUAACAAUGUUAUGCGAAGGAGUGACCAUGUUUUCAUACUGGAGAAAAACUUACAAUCAGAUUGAUUAAUUACAAAGAGCAGAUAUACAGAUAUCUCAGGAAAUUUAAUGUUUUCAGAAACAGAGAAAUUAGCUAUCCAACAUAUUACAGAUAUUGACUGGCCUAAUGGUCCACCAGAUUUCUAUGUGAAAGGAUCAUCUUACGCUGUUACCCAGAGUCAGCUACGAGAAUUGGAAAUAGCUUCAGGUUUGGAUAUUGUAAACUCUACAAAUAUUUUUUCACAAUUACCACUUUAUCAACUUCAUGGAGAACCAUUUCAUUAUUGGGCAAUGAUACUUUUAAUAUUUCCACUAGUCACCGUGUUUGGUAAUGUGCUGGUUGUGCUAAGUGUGUUUCGAGAUCAAAGUUUACAUACAGCUACGAAUUAUUUUAUUGUCAGUUUAGCUAUUGCAGAUAUUAGUUUAGCAAUAGUUGUUAUGCCAGUUGCCAGUUGGGUUGAGGCUAAUAAUGGAAAAUGGCGCCUUGGAACCGUGCUAUGCGAUAUAUUUAUUAUGUUUGACGUACUUUUGUGUACAGCAUCUAUUCUAAAUUUAGCAGCUAUUAGUAUGGACAGAUAUGUGGCUGUGACUAGACCGAUUACAUAUGCUCAACAUAGUAAAAAUGUUCGCGUUGGAAUUACCAUAACAGCCACGUGGAUAUUAUCAUUUGUAAUUGCAUUACCAAUAGCAUGUGGAUUAAAUAAUGCUCCAUAUCGAAAUUUAGAAAUGUGUGUUAUGUAUAUUCCGGAAUAUAUAAUUGCUUCCUCUAUUGGAUCAUUUUAUGUACCAUGCACAAUUAUGAUUGUAUUAUAUUACCAAGUAUUUAAAGCAAUUCAAUUAAGAACUAAACGAUCCAAAUUGAUAAGCAUACGUAAUCAAGUACAAAACUAUGCAAAACGUUGUGAAACAAUGAACCAGACAUCUGUUAUAUCGAUCAAAGUUAAAGAGGUGAAUAUAUGUGAUAGUUUAGAAAAUGUAACAUAUUUAACUGCAAUUAAUCCACAGGUAUGUGACUGUCAAUCAAGUGGUAUUGAAACAUAUAUCGAUUCAAAUGUGUCUUAUUGUACAGAGAGCCAUAAUGCAUAUAAAGCAAAUGAUAUAAAUGAUCAAUAUCUAACAGAUAUUAACGGUACAUCUAAUUUAUCUAGUAACUGUUCCCCUAUUACUUAUUCAGAAACUAUAACAAAUUCAGUGGAACCUAAUGAGACCAAUAAGCUUCAACCGACGCCUAUAUCAACCAAUGCUGAAUGUUUUCAGAAUUCUUUUGAACCUCAAAUUCCACCAUCAACUUUAACACAAGCAUAUACAAAAGCUACAAAUAACAACGUUAUUACUACCACUACUACUACUAAUAAUGAUAAUAAUACUAACAAUAAUCGUGAUAUACCAAGCUCACAGUCAGAAUUCAAAAAUAUGGAUGAUUUUCGUAAACAUUUAAAAAAUCGCAUUAAACAAGCAAAACGUAGUAGUUUAUCCAUGCUCACAACUAAUGUAUUUGCAGGUUUAUCUAGUAAACAAGUGUAUGCAUUGAAUACAAACAUUGAUGUAAAAAAAUCAACUACAAAUAGAUUUAAAUCAUCAUUAUCAUCUAAACGACAAAUUAAACGUAUGAAAUCACUUAUUCCUUAUGAUACAUCUAAAUCACUUAAUGAACAAACUAGUGAACAGUUAUUGAAAAAAUCAAUUUUUAAAAAUCCUAAAAGCCUCAUGUCUAGUGAAGUUAAAAAUGAACAAUUAAAUCCGGAAGUAAACUCAUCUAGUAGUAUAAUCAAUAUGACUUAUUUUUUAGCAAGUAGAUCUGGAAGUAAUAUAACUUUAAAGGAAAGUUUAGCUGCUAAACGGGAAAAGAAAGCUACUAAAACAUUAGCUAUUGUUUUAGGUAGGUAGUUUAUAUUAUUUCAUUCUUUCUAGAUGUAUUUUGUAUUUCCUUUAUAAUAGUACAUUUGGACUUGAGUUUGUCGAUAUUACGGAUCCUCUUUAAAAAAUAAUAACAAUUUUGACAUGAAGUAAAAGUUCUUUCAUUGAAUCGAAGUUAAAAUUCUUAUUUAUGACAAUGACAGAGGUUUGUUUGUAUGAUCAUUAAAAAUUCUUCUAAAAUAAGUAACGUAAACACGGAUUCUUAUUUUAGAUUUCCAUAGUCACAAUCUAAACAUAUUUGAAGAAUAAGAGGAUUUUCAUGUGAAAAUUGAAAUUUUAUAAACAUGAGAAUACAUCGUCUAGAGUUUGAGGGAUUUCAAGGUCACAGCACCAACUUCAGUACUUAAUAGGUAUCAUUACCACAGUUUGAUUUGAUAAUUUCGAAUAAAUUGUGCAUUGGGUAGAUUUUUAUAAACAAAUAUUAUAUUUGUAAUAUCCCAAUGAGUAGAAAAAUGAGAUUUUCUGACGUUUCGUGACUUAGUGUAAGCCACUUCUUCAAAGAAUAAAUAACCAAAUUAAAAUUAAUCCAAGUUUAAAUAGUACAACGGAACAAUAAGAAUAAUAUGUGAUCAACCGAAAGAUCUCGCUAGCCUUAAAUAUUUUUGGAAGAGCUAAUAGGAUCAUCACAUCAGAAGAGGACAAACAGAAAGAACAAAAGGAUGUAAUUAAUAUCUUACAAUUCAAUAAAUCUCCUAUGAAGAUUAUCAGAAGUAUAUUAAAACAAGACGGUUCAAUGAGUGAUAAUAAUAAUUCGAAUGAAAUGCCAUGGUUUGGUACUGCAGUUUUACCAUACCGUCAUGGCACAACAG